UAUCAGCAGCCUGUCAAGUCUGCCAAUGGCGAUGCCGCUUGUUGCUGGUUCAAACAUGGCGGCACCCUGUCACAGUGGAUAGGGUUUUCCCGUUUAAUAAAUCAACCGCUCGCGAUUCGUCUUGUAAUCCCCGCGAGCCGGUAAUGUGGGGAGAAAAUGUCGAGCGACACCGGGAGAAAGCAGUUCUGGAAGAGGAACGCAGCUAAAAUGCCGGGAAGUAUUCAGCAUGUUUAUGGAGCACAACAUCCACCUUUUGAUCCACUGCUGCAUGGAACUUUAAGCAAAACUGUUCAGAAGAUGCCAACAACACCUGUGAAAUUGAAAAAAGUCUCUACUUUCCAAGAAUUUGAAAGCAACACAAGUGAUGCCUGGGAUGUUGGAGAGGAUGAUGAUGAACUUUUGGCAAUGGCGGCAGAAAAUUUAAAUACUGAAGUGGUUAUGGAAACGGCAAACAAAGUGAUUCAAAACCAUACAAAAUUACAAGAACAAAACAAAUAUCAAGAGAUACAACAAUUGGAAGACAGACCUGUGAGACUUGAAGAGCUGCCCUCCUAUAUUAACAGUGACUUUAAAAUAGUAAAAUCAGCCAGUGAAAGUCAGAUUCCUAAUCCAUCUGGCGAGAAGCAUUUCUUGCAGAGACAGCAGUCUGUACCUUACCAGCCAUCUGCAGCACCCGUGGGCAAGUCAAAUGAUCCAGCCUCCUUGAGCACUGCUGGAUUAUCAGAAAGAGAAGCAUUUCGCCUAGAAAAGUUUAUACAGCUUCUUGCGGGCCCAAACACUGACCUUGAUGAGCUGAGGAGGUUGAGUUGGUCUGGGAUUCCAAAACCUGUCAGGUCCAUAACCUGGAAGCUUCUCUCUGGUUAUCUUCCAGCAAAUGUGGAAAGGAGGGAUGGUACACUGAAGAGAAAGCAGAAGGAGUACUUUGCCUUCAUAGAACAAUACUACAACUCCAGGAAUGAUGAAGCAAAUCAAAGCACAUAUAGACAGAUUCAGAUAGAUAUUCCUAGAAUGAGCCCUGAGACAUUGAUUCUUCAGCCAGUAGUUACAGAGAUCUUUGAAAGAAUUUUAUUUAUAUGGGCAAUUCGACAUCCAGCCAGUGGAUAUGUUCAAGGGAUAAAUGAUCUUGUCACACCCUUCUUUGUUGUAUUUAUUGGGGAUCAUGUUGCUGAAGAAGAAGAAGUGGAAAAUGUUGAUGUUUCCAGUCUGCCCGAAGAGGUGCUGCGGAACAUUGAAGCUGACAGCUACUGGUGCAUGAGCAAGUUACUUGAUGGCAUUCAGGAUAACUACACUUUUGCACAACCAGGAAUUCAGAAGAAAGUGAAAAUGCUGGAGGAGCUGGUUAGCCGUAUUGAUGAACAAGUACACAGACACUUACAUCAGUACGAGGUUGAAUACCUGCAAUUUGCUUUCCGUUGGAUGAAUAAUCUUCUGAUGAGAGAGGUUCCCCUGCGGUGCACCAUCAGGCUGUGGGAUACAUACCAGUCUGAACCUGAAGGAUUUUCCCACUUCCAUUUAUAUGUAUGUGCUGCCUUUCUAGUGAGAUGGAGGAAAGAGAUUCUGGAUGAAAAAGAUUUUCAUGGGUUGUUGAUUCUUUUACAAAAUCUGCCGACAGUUUACUGGGGAAAUGAAGAUAUGAGCGUCCUCUUAGCUGAAGCCUACAGAUUAAAAUUUGCGUUUGCAGAUGCCCCGAAUCACUACAAAAAAUAACAUCAUUCAUGUGCAACUUCCAAGAGUCUCCCUUCUUAUUAAUGAUUUCUAUGAAUAUAUAUAUAAAUAUUAUAAAUACUUUUUUGUCCUUUUUUUAUGACAGUGCUAAAAAUUUCCAGGAAUCAACAUAAACCAUCACUGACUAGGCCUAGUUGUCAAUUUUUCAGUAGGUUAUCAAUAAACAUACCAUAUACCAAAGAAUCAUAUUUUUAAUUGUAUUUACAGGGUAGAAUAGGAAUAAUGACAUCAUCCCGCUUGUGAUUCAAAUCAUCAUGACAGAUGUGGUGAGAAUUGUUUUGAAAGGUGUGUUAAAUCUGAAUUAGACCUGCACAGCUUCGAAUCUUUGUAUUUCUGAAAAUAACUAUUUGGAACAUGUGAAAUGUACAGUACAGUAAGCAUUAAAGUUCUUAUAAUAUAUUAACCCAA